GCUUGAAUGUGGCAAUACUGUACGGCAUCUUUCAGUCAUGAUGGCAAAUGACAUAUCUUCAUUUGGAUCCAUUAGAGUUUCUGGAAUGCUGCGAUCACUCUUAUUGGCUGCAAGAUAUCCAAUAAACCUCAAUGUAAUGACUGAAAUGUUUUUGAGACUCAGGGUGACCUAUCUCAGAGUGCUUGACUUGAGCUCCACCGGCAUAGAUGAGUUGCCAGACUCCAUUGGUGGUCUGAAACACUUGCGCUACCUUAGCCUCACUGCAACUAGUAUUCGAAGGCUACCACCAUCGCUAUGUAGCCUCUAUAACCUGCAGACACUAGAGAUGCGAGAAUGUCAUUUCCUUGAAGAGAUCCCACAAGAUAUAGUGAAUUUGUCAAACCUGCUUCACCUAGACAUCUUUAAGAGUGCAUUUGCUAAUAUCUCCAGAAUGUACUUUUCAUCUCAAAUUGACGAGACACCAACACUUCCUGCUAGUAUUGGAAGGUUAACAAGCCUCCAGACUCUUCCACAAUUCAUGGUAACCGAAGACAGUGGCUGUGCCAGAUUGGCAGAACUGAAGGACUUGAAUCAGUUGGAUGGGCUUCUCUGCAUUGUGAACCUGCAGAAAUUGGUCCAUAGCAAACAUGAGGCAAAGGAAGCAAAUUUGAGAAGCAAGAAGAACAUUACAGAUUUGGUUUUGCAUUGGAGGAGAAGUGAUGAUACUAUGUUUUUUGCUGAGGGAGGUGAUAGAACUAUUGAUGAGGAUGAUAUUGUGGUGUUAGAAAACCUGCAACCUCAUACUAACAUCAGGGGCCUGAAGAUAGUAGGUUACAGUGCAACAAUAUUUCCAAAUUGGGUGGGGAAUCUUACCUUCAGCUGCUUAGAAGAAGUAGAGUUGAGCCACUGCAACAGCUGCCAGUACCUCCCACAUCUCAGCCUACUCCCAUCUCUGAAGCGACUGCAAGUUUCUUAUAUGAAGCUUUUUAAACAAUGGGGAAGAGAGCCAAAUGAUGCACGGGAAGGAACAUAUUUCCCUUGUCUCCAAGAACUCAGUAUCGAUAACUGCUACUCUCUUCCAUCAAUCUCCCUCCAUGGUUUGACAGCAUUGGAGAAACUGCAUAUUAACAACUGCAAGGAAUUCAAGGCCAUUGGUGGUUUAAACUCCCAUCUUACAUCUGUGAAAACUUUGACAUUCAAGUACUGUUCAGAACUACAGUUUGUUGAAGAGCAAGAAUUGCCAGUGAAGCUUAAGGAAAUGCGCGCUAUUGGAUGCCCCUUACUUCAAGAAUGGUGCCAAAGACACCGUGGAGAGUUCCCUAAUGUUUCCCUAAGCUUCAAAGCAGAGAGUUUCAUGGGAGGGAGGCAAUCACCUUAUGCUUCUCCUGGCUUGAAUGUUGCUCUCUACUUGAGUCACAUCAGCCAAUGAGAGCAGCCUUGGACCAUUGAGCUGAGACAAACAUGCAUGCUCUUCUCAGAGGAUCAACAUUAUUUUGCUUGCUGUCUUCACUCUUGUAUCCCAUGAAC